AUGAGUAGGCGGUCUCUCAUGCCGUCUUAUUCACUCCAACAGCAACAAUGUUCUCGGACCACAAAUUACAAUGACCGAGGUCAUCAAGUACAAAUGUUUAGAAAAAAUAAUGUUCAACAUCCAAAAGUAGCACCGGAUCCUCAUCGGAACAACAUGAAACCAGCCGAAGUUACUCCGAAAAGAGAUUAUCCUGAGGUGGAAGAGGACGCCGAUGAAAUGCAGGAUUUUGACAAUGAUUCGACAGUCAGACUUGUUCAGCAGCAGCAGAAAGACCAAGACAGCAAGCUCACAGGUUCAAUUUGA